CUCUUCAGCUGGGUAACUUUCAAGAGUGGAUAGUUCUCCACAGAAACAUACACAGAACAGGAAAAGUUCAAGCCGGUUCUGCCUGUGGUUGUACGUCUGUAUGAGCUUUAUGUGUGGACUGGAACAAAUUGCUGCACAUUCUAUCCAAGGGGACAUUCUGAGAGGAGUGGCAGUGAUACAGAGCACAGUCAAUUGGAAAUAUGAAGCGUUCAACUGAUUUUCAGACUGCAUUAUAAGGGAAGAAGUUUAGAUGUAGUUAUUAUCCAUCGAACAUCUGCCCCGAUUAUUUCCUUCAUGUGAAUCACUCCCUGCUCACCAGUAAUGUUAAGCUGGCGCAACUGGUGGGCCAUUCUCGUGGGAUGUUGGCUGAUGACCCUGGUUUACUCAGAGCACCACAAGGUCGGGAAUCACCAUCACCCUCAGCAUCGUGUCAAGCGGAAGUGGGUGUGGAACCAGUUCUUUGUCUUAGAAGAGCAAGUCAUAGAGAAUCGACUCUACAUUGGGAAGCUACAUUCUGAUUCAGACAAUGGUAAUGGUACUCUGAGAUAUACCCUGAGCGGUGAAGGAGCUGGCACCAUAUUCACUAUUGUGGAGGAUAAAGGAGACAUCUAUCUCAUGAAGAAGCUGGACCGAGAGGAAAAACCCUUCUACACAUUGCGGGCACAAGUGAUAAAUAAGGCAACCAAUGAGCUUGUUGAACCAGAGUCUGAAUUCAACAUCAAAGUCCAGGAUAUCAACGACAAUGAACCCAGGUUUCUGGAUGGUCCUUAUGUUGCCACCGUCCCUGAAAUGUCACCUGACGGAACUUCAGUUACCCAAGUAACAGCUACAGAUUCUGACGACCCCUCAUUUGGGGCCCAUGCCAGGAUUGUGUACCGUAUACUUCAAGGACAACCAUACUUCCUGAUAGAACCAACAACAGGAAUUAUUCGUGUAGCUUUACCUAACAUGGAUAGAGAGGUCAAAGAACAUUACAUGGUUAUUGUUGAGGCAAAGGACAUGGCUGGAUUGAAAGGAGGUCUCUCGGGGACAACAACUGUGACCAUCACCUUAUCUGAUGUUAAUGACAAUGGACCAAAAUUCCAACACAAGUGGUACCACUUUUCCGUGCCAGAAUCGGCCGAUAUCGAGACCACCAUCGGGAAGGUGAUGGCUACUGAUGCCGACAUUGGACAAAAUACAGAAAUGACCUACACUGUAGAAGGCAGUGAUGGCUCGGAUACAUUUGGCAUACUUACAAAUAGUGAGAGCCAAGAAGGUGUCAUCAUUCUAAAGAAGACUCUGGACUAUGAGGCCAAAAGGUGGUUUAGCCUCAGGGUGAAAGUGCUCAACAAGCACAUUGACCCACGGCAGCUCCGGCUGGAACGAUUUAAAGAUACAACCAGUGUGAAGAUCAAUGUGCUUGACGUCGACGAGGCCCCGCUCUUUCUCUCUUCCACGUACACUUUCUGGGUUCACGAAAACCGGGAGCCAGGAGCCUUUGUAGGAGAGGUGACUGCCAGGGACCCCGACGCAGCAAACAAUUCAAUCAGGUAUUCCAUUAAUCGUCAGACAAAUAUGGGUGGUGCCUUCAUCAUUGAUGCAAACAACGGGACCAUCAUAACUUCUCAAUCCCUUGACCGAGAGGAGAUCCCUUGGUACAAUGUAUCAGUGUGGGCUUCAGAAGCAAAUGACUCAAAGAAGAUUACCUCUGUUUUGGUACACAUAGGAGUCCUGGAUAAGAAUGAUCACUCUCCGAUGUUUCCAAUUCCCUAUGAAACAUUUGUGUGUGAAAAUGCAAAGUACGGGCAGCUCAUUCAGACUAUCAGUGCAGUGGACAAGGAUGAUCCGGUGGAGGGCCAACAUUUCCGCUUCACUCUUGCUACAGAUGCUACCAGUAGUCUCAACUUCACUGUCAGAGAUAAUCAAGAUAACACCGCUGCAAUUCUGACACGGACAACUGGAUUUAAUCGGCGGUCACAGGCCUUUUACUUGCUGCCCAUCCUGAUUGAGGAUAAUGGGAUGCCUUCUCGGAGCAGCACCAAUACCCUCACUGUCUUUGUGUGUAAAUGCAGUAACAAUGGCGUUGGCCAACUAUGCAACGCUGAGACUUUACUGCUACCUGCUGGCCUUAGCACAGGAGCUCUCAUUGCUGUGGUAGUCUGCCUUCUGAUGAUAUUAGCAAUUAUUCUCCUCCUCCUUACGCUCAGGCAACACAAGAAGGAGCCUCAGUCAGCUGACGAAGGUGACGAUGUGUGUGAGAACAUUAUCAGAUACGACGACGAAGGAGGCGGAGAGGAGGACACCCAGGCUUUCAACAUUGCUACCCUGAGAGGGUCUCACAUGAGGCGAGCAGCCAAGCUCCGUGACAACGUAAAAUCAGAAGUUCGGUCAGUAUGCAGGCAGUCUCUUGGGUUGGGGCCUGAUGCUGCUGUAUUCCGAGAGUUUAUCAACGACAGGCUGAGGGAAGCGGACACGGAUCCCUCUGCUCUCCCUUAUGAUUCCCUGCAGACCUAUGCAUUUGAGGGGAGUGGCUCACUGGCAGGAUCCCUAAGUUCAAUCUCUUCAAUAGCCUCUAGUUCAGACCCACCUUACGAUUAUCUCUGCGACUGGGGUCCCCGAUUCCACCACCUGGCUGAACUGUAUGGGAACUAUGACACAGCCUCAUGAAGGCAGGAGGCAGUCGUGAGUAUCUCUGUUGAGGUCAUCCCCGUGCUUUUGAUGUCGCCUCAUUCACCUACUGUGCCUGCUUACAUCUGGGCAUUCCUUCUGAUGCAAAAAAACUUUUACCACUUUCCACUUUCAGAAGAUUGCUUCUCAUUAGAUGUUUGGAACCUGAAAUUCUUGGCGUGAAUCCAGAGCAAUGGAAAAAUUCAUCAGCGACACUGGGAUAACAAAUGGGCUUCAGUGGGAAUCUGUGGAGAAUGUGACUGCUGAAGAUCCUUUUCAUGUCAGUUCUCACCUGACAUGGACUUGGAACAUUGCAAACUAAAGACAAAAUGAAGUGAUUUAUUUAGCAUUCUGAAUUCGUUGGUGUAAAAUUUUGAGCACCAACGGAAUUUGAAUUAGUGUUCCUCCAUUUCCUAAGCUCAUGGGUCAGAGGUCAGCCACAUCUACAGGUUCAGUGUCUUUCUACCAUUGGUCAGUAGAUUAUGGGUUCUCUUACCCUCUAGGGUCAUGAAUACAUGAACUAAACUGACACUCAUGGUGGCCUCUUUCAGAUACAAUACUAAAUGGAGAUGUUGCCACUCACUAGAAACAUCAUCUUUUCAAGGUUGCACAGUACUUAGGGGUGUGGUGAUAGUGGAGGGUGAUGAGGAAGAUGCAUUGAGGGGAUCUGGCGUUAUGCAGAUAACUAACAUUCAAGAUGAUGCAGUGCACAAUCUGUUACCCAGAUCUUCUAAGCUGUUCUAACAAAGGCACUAACUCAUUUACAACAAAACAUUUCAGUGUAAAUUCUGAUGGAAGUGUGUAGAUUGGUGCAUUUUGUGGAUCAGUAAGAGAAUAUUUCAAAUUUUAAGAAAGCCGGCCUUAGACUUCUAUAACACCCUUCACUACAGAUGUCCUGAAGCACUUUUUAAUCAGCAAGGUAUUUAUGAGUUGCAAGUCACUAUUGUAGUGUAGGAAUUAUAUUGGCCAAUUUGCACAUACUGCAAGCUCCUGGAAACAGCAAUAUGAAAAUAGCCAGCUAAUCAUUUUUUGAUUCUAGCUGUGGGACUGAUGUUAACCAGGAGACCAGGCAGAACUGUCCUUUUCUGCUUCAAAAUAGCAUUGUGAGAUCCUUUAGAUCCACCUGAGAAAACAGACUGUUCUUGCUUUAGCAAUCCUUCUGAAAAGGCAACUGCUCCAAUAUAAUAACAUACUCCACUUGUUGUUCUGUAUUCCCCAGAGGGGGAUUUGAACCCUUAACCUUUUGAUUAUGAGUCAGUAGUCUUACCAGUUAAGCUGCAGAGUUUUUUAAUCACCCUGCUUUUGUUGUGUUUUCCUGUAGCUUUCCUAGAGCAGUUUUGCGCUUAUUCAGCAAGACAGGAUACUUUCCAUUUCAGUCACGCAGCGCCUGUCUCAUGCAUUACCAAGACUGCCUUGUACGGUGUAAAGCAAAACUUGCUCAGCACCAAACCAAUCUCAGAAGAGCACUUCUGACUGCACUAUCGUGACAGUAGCAAUUUAAUAGUGAUUAGGACCCUAUUAGGGAUGCUUAUGUGACCUAUCAAUGUCUAGGCAGGAAAUAAUACUGAUACUGAACCAGCUCACUUUACAAACAGUACUCACAGUUAACGGAAAGAUUGUUCAUUCCAUAGCUCCAGUGAUCAAAAUGCUCUUUUAUUGGUGACUGAUUUAAUUUAUUUCUCUCUUGUUACUAUCUAUCCAACCAAUGGAAACAGACUCUCACCAUUUGUUACAGAAUUCUCAGCAAUAAGCAGCUCUGAGUGCAAGCCACAUUUUGUAUCACUCAUCCAUUGGUGAUAUUGGCUCAGUUUAUUGUGUUUUAUUUUCCAUUGUUCUCUCUCUGGAAGUGGGGAAGAAGCCCAGCCUGAUCUGACCAUGUCUUCCUGCUCUGCAUUUCUAACUCCUGCAUUCUCUUGUCUAAUUUCUUUUGCCUGUGUUCUCACUCUAUAUCUCCUUUCUCUCACUCACUGACCAAGUCACUUUAGAAUCUAAACCGUAGUAUAGUAUAGCACAGGAACAUAACCCUCAACCCAUGAUAUUGUGCCAUCCCUUCUGCCUGCACAUGAUCAAUAUCUCUUCGUUCUCUGUAUAUUAAUGUGCUUAUCUAGGAACUAAUUAACUGCCUCCAUUGCACCUGCCUCCAUCAUCACACCUGGCAGCACAUUCCAGGCUCUAUAUUUUAAAAAAGACUUGCCAGGCACAUACCUUUUGAACUUUCAUCCCUCUCACCUUAAAUGCAUGUCUGAAAGUAUUAGAAACUUCAGACCUGGGAAAUAGAUCAAACUAUUUAUUUGUGCCUCUUAUAAUCUUAUGCACUUCUAUCGGUCUCUUCUCAGCUACUGAUGCUCCAAUGUAGCCUUGUUUACAGUUAAUCUCUGUGUAGAUCCCAGUUUUACCCUAUCAGAGACACACCCGCUAUAACCCUGUGAUCCUCCCUCCAGUUCAGUGUGCCUCUUUUUUCUCCUUCCCAGUUCUGAUGAAGUGCCUUCAACCUGAAAAAUUAACUCUGUUGCUCUUCCCAACCUGCUGAAUAUUUCCAGCAUUUUCUGUUCUUAUUUAUUCACUCAGUCAAACUUCUGGCUUACUUUCCACCAUCCAACCACAGUCCAUCCACAAUUUCACCAUCCAUCCCCUCUCUGGUUUUGAUUCCAUCUGCCAUUCCCCUCUCCCCUAAUGGCUUCUCUAUUCACCUUUACUUAUCACAGCCUAGCCCUGGUGGUCCUUCAUGUUGUUGCUUAUCUCAUUUCUCAUUCCAGAUAUUUCACAUUCCACCAUCCCACUCCCCCCAUUUCACUCCACUGUCCCAACUCCAACUAACUCCAAACUCCUGACACAACCUGUCAUCUCUCAGUCAACCGAUCACCUUAGACUCCCUCCCCCCCCCACCUCUUUAUACUGGCCACCUGCCCUUUCAUUCUCAAUUGUGAUACAGGAUUUCGACCCAAAAUGUCAACAAAUACUGCUCAAGCGGUUGAGUUUCUCCAGCAAUAUGCACAAAAGCAGUGAUGUGUUUUCGUUUUGCGUGCCAUCCAAGCAUCACAUUCUGUACGCAAUUACACUGAGGUAGUAAAGAACAAAGCAGAAUGCAGAAUAUAGUGCUGCAAUUCCUGAGAAGGUGCAGGUAGACAAGUUGGCCAUACGAAUGACAUGGAUUAACAGACAGAUUGAUUGGUCCACUCUGUGCCAGCUCACAGAGCAAUCCAAUUGACCCACUCAGCUGCGUUGUAAGGUUCCUCUCCCAGUCCCAUAUCCUCAGCACUGUGCGUUUGGUUACACUUACUCCUCUGCAGUGGGUUAAUCCAGCUGGUAUAGACUGGCUUGGCCCCCAUCUACAGUAUAUCAUCAAGAAAUCUGAAUCCAUGCUGUCAGAACCCCUUGCGAUAUUAAGUUGCAGUCAAGUGUCCCCUCACCCUUAUUCCCGUAGAUAGUUCUUGCCUAUCCAAUUUUCUGUACCUCCUUCCUGAUGGCAGCAAAGAGAAGAGGGCAUGGCCUGGAUGUUGGAGGUCCUUGAUGAUGUAUGCUGCUUUCCUGUGAAAGUGCUCCUUGUAAAUGUGCUCAAUUGUGGGGAGGGUUUUACCUGUGAUGCACUGGGCUGUAUCCACUACUUUUUGAAGCCAUUUCCUUUCGGGAAAAUUGGUAUUCCCAUAAGAAGCCAUGACAUAACCAGUCUUUACACUCUCCGCUGCUCAUCCUAUAAAAGUUUUUCAAAGUUUGAGGUGACAUGCUGAAUCUACACACAGUUUUAAGAAAGUAAAGGCAUGGCCGUGCCUUCUUUGUACUAGUGAUUACAUGCUGGACCCAAGACAGAUCCUCUGAAAUGAUAAUGCUGAGUAAUUUAAAGUUGCUGACCCUCUCCAACUCAGAUCCCCUUAUGAGGAUUGGCUCCUGGAUGUCCAGCUUCCCCCUCCUGUGGUCAAUAAUCAGAUCUUUGGCUUUGUUGACAUUAAGAGAUUGCUGUUGUAGCAUCACUGAGCCAGAUUUUCGAUCUCCCUCCUAUAUCCUGAUUUGUCACCACCUUUGAUUUGGCCCACGACAUUAGUGUCAUCAGUAAACUUAAAUGUGGCAUUGGAGCUGUGCUUAGCCGUACAGUCAUAAGUGUAAAGCGAGUAAAAUAGGGGCUAAGCACACGGCCUUGUGGUGCACCUGUGCUGACGUAGAUUGUGGGGGAGAUGAUGUUGCCAAUCUGAGCCGACUGGGGUCUACAAGUGGGAAGAAUGAUGAUCCAAUUGCAUUGAGGCCUAAGUCUUGGAGCUUAUUGAUUAGUCUUGAGGGGAUGAUGAUAUUGAAUGCUGAGCUGUAGUCAAAGAAGAGCAUCCUGAUGCAUGCAUCUUGACUGUCCAGAUGUUCCAGGGUUGAGUGGAGUGCCAUUGAAGUGGCAUCUGCUGUUGACCUGUUGUGAUGGUAGGUAAAUUGGAACAGAUCCAAGUUGCUCUUCAGGCAGGAAUUGGCACGCUUCAUCACUAACGUCUCAAAGCAUUUCAUCACAGAGGAUGGAAGUGCUACUGGAUGAUAGUCAUUGAGGCUGGCUACCACAUUCUUCCUGGGCACUGGUAGAAAUGAAGUCUGUUUGUGCAAAUGAACAUAGCCCUUCAGUACCUGAUGUUGUAUUGACCUUUUAACCUACCCUACGAUCAACCUAACCCUUCCCUCAUAUAAAGCUCAUAAUCCUCCAUUUGUUUUUCUUCUAUGUGCUUAUCUAAGAGUCUGUUAAAUGUCCCUAAUGUAUCUGCCUCUACCAACACCCUGGCAGUGCGUUCCAGGCACUUGCUUCGCUCUGAGUUAAAACCUACCUCUGACAUCUCCCCUAAACUUCCCUCCACUCACCUUAAAAGGAUCCUCACUGGUAUUAGCCACCACUGCUCUACGAAAAAGGCACAGGCUGUCCUCUCUGUCUAUGUCUCUUAUCAUCUUAUUCACCUCUGUUAAGUUGACUAUCAUCCUGCUUUGCUCCAAAGAGAACAGUCCUAGCUUUCUCGACCUUUCCUCAUAAGACAUGCUUUCAAAGCUAGGCAGCAUCCUGGUAAAUAUGCUCUGACUUCUCUAAAGCUUCCACAUUCAGCCAAAACAUUUAUUGCAUCAAAAGUUGAUUAACUUAAGACUUUGGGCUGAGCUGUGUGACAACAGAUUAAUUUUCUCUCAUUCAUUAACUGUCCUGGAAAUUAAAUUUCUUUAUAAAUUGUCUCUGAAAGCCUGAAUUUUUGGAACUGAGAUGACAGUAUUCUACUAAGGAGUAUAAUUACUGAGCUCAGAACUUAAUAAGCAAAGGGAAAAAUAAUUGUAGAUUGUGAAAAUCUAAAAUCAAACUGGGUGGGGAACACUCAGCAAAUUGGGUAGCAGCUGUGGAGAUUGAAUCUCAGUUAACGUUUCAGGUUGGCGUUAAUCUUAUCUGAUACUCUCUACAUAGUUGCUGCCUGACCUGCUGAAUAUUUCCAGCUUUCCCUGGUUUAAUUUCAGUUCUAACAUCAAGAAAUAUGUCUGUACAUACAGGAUGGUAGAAAUUUGGAACUCACUUAAAGAAUCAUAGAACCAAAGAGCAUAGACACAGUGCUGUCCCCAAAAAGGUCCAUGCUGACCAAGGUGCCUACCUAAGCUAAUUCCAUUUGUCCUUGUGUGGCACAUAUCCAUUCAAAACUUUCCUAUCCAUGCACUUAUCUGAGUGUCUUUUAAAUGCUGUCAACGUACCUAUCUCAACUACUUCCUCUAACAAAUCACUCCAUAUAUGCAUAACCCUCUAGGCUAUGGAGUUGUAAUUUGUGUCCUUUUAGAUCUUUCCCUUCUCACCUUAAAGCGAUACCCUUUGAUUUUUCUUCUGCAAAUAGAAAUUGUGGCUGCAUGGACAGUGAGUUUUCAUCUUAGGAAUGAUAGAUUUAGUUUUAAGCAUAUGGAGUUAAUGUGCAGAUCAGUCAUGACCUCAUGGUAUGGUGGAACAGGCUUGGGAGGGAAUGGGUUGUUGGAGGUGCAUGUGGCGGGGUGGGGGGCGGUAGGGCUUCGCUCAUCUUCCAUUGUUUUGAAGAAUGUGAGGCAAUUGCAUCGCAAUGUAAAACUUUCCUACAGGGUCCAACAAGGGAGACGUGAGGUGAAUGUGUUCACUAAUUUAGAGACAUAGAAUACUACAGAACUGAAACGAGUCCUUUAGCCCAUCUAGUCAGUGCUGGCCCAUUGUUUUGCCUCGUCCUAUCUACCUGCACCUGGACCAAAUCCCUCCAUUCCCCUGUCAUCCAUAUAUCAAUCUAAACUUCUCUUAAAUGUUGUAAUUAGUCCACAUUUUCCACAUCGCUAGUAGCUUGUUUCACACUAGUAUCACCCGCUAAGUGAAGAGAUUCCCUCUCAGGACCUCCUUAAAUAUUUCACCUAUCACCCAAAUCCUAUCAAUUUGGCAUGUCUAGAAUGAGGGGUCAGGGCCUCAUUUCUUCAUCCAGGGAGGAGUGAAUACCCAACAGGUCCAUGGAAGAUCAGUCACUGGGUCUAUUCAAGGCAGAGAUGAUGGAUAUGAAAGUAUAUGGGAUAAGAAAAGUGUCACUGAAGGAAAAGAUCAGCAUGGGUGAGAUGGGCUGUAGGGUCUGUUUCAAUGCUUAAAGUUCAAAGCAAAUUUGUUAUUGAAGUACAUACACAACCCUGUGAUUCAUUUUCUUGUGGGCAUACACAAUAAGUCUAAGAAGCACAAUAGAACCAAUGAAAGACAGUGCCCAGGAGGACAGACAAACAACAGGACGGAUAAACAGCCAAUGUGAAAAAUACAACAAACUGUGCAAAUACGAAAGAAAAAAAUUAAAAAGCAAUACAUAUCGAGAAAUGAGAUGAAAAAAUCCUUGAAAGUGAGUCCAUAGAUUGUAGAAACAGUCAGUGAUGGGGCAAGAGAAGAUGAAUAAAGUUGUCCCCUCUGGUUCAAGAGCCUGAUUGAAGGUGGUAGUAACUGUUCCUGAAUCUGGUGGUAUGAGCCCUGAGGCUCCUGUACCACCUUCCUGAUGCCAGAAAAGAGCAUGGCCUGGAUGGUGGGGGUCCUUGAUAAUAGAUGCUGUUUUCCUGUGACAGCGUCUUAUGUAUAUAUGUUCAAUAGUGGGGAGGGCUUUAUUCAUGAUUGACUGACUCAUAUCCACUGCUUUUUGUAGGAUUUUCUGUUCAAGGGCAUUGGUGUUUCCAUACCAGUCUGUGAUGCAACCAGUCAAUAUAAUCUCACUUCUCGAAGUUUGUCAAAGUUUAAGAAGUCAUGCUGAAUGUUUGCAAACUUCUAAGGAACUAGAGGCACUGUUGUACUUCCUUCGUAAUGGCACUUAGAUUUAGAUUAGAUUAUGAAGACACACAGUCCUUUUCUUAUUGUCAUUUAGCAAUGCAUGCAUUAAGAAAUGAUACAAUAUUUCCUCCGGUGUGAUAUCACAAAACACAGGACAGACCAAGACUGAAAAAACUAACAAAACCACAUAAUUAUAACAUAUAGUUACAACAGUGCAACAAUACCAUAACUUGAUGAAGAAGUCCAUGAGCACAGCAAAAGUUCAAAGUCUCUCAAAUGUCCCACAUCUCACACAGACGGGAGAAGGAAGAAAAACUCUCCCUGCCAUAUCCAACCACGGUCCGGCUCUGAGUCAUCCGAAAACUUCGAGCUCUGAUCAGCUCUCCGACACCGAGUACUGAGCACCAUCUCUAUCUGAACGAUUCGACCUCCUUCUUGGUCGCCAACAGCAGGCAAAGCCGGGGAUUUUGAGGCCUUCCCUCCGAAAGAUUCCCAACUGCGCAGUAAUGACAGCAGCGAAUGAGCGUUUCAGAAAUUUUUCCAGAUGUUCCUCUGUGCUUUCACAUCCCUCUCCAUCAAAUUAGAAUUGUCCAUGGCGCCUAUUUAACUGAUACGAUAUCAUUUUUCACCGGAGGGCUGGAUCCAGGACAGAUCCUCUGAAAUGAUAACAUCAAGGAAUUUAACAUUGUUGACCCUCUCCACCUCUGAUCUCCCAAUGAGGACUGGCUCAUGGACCUCCAGUUUUCUCCUCCUGAAGUCAAUAAUCAGCUCAUUGGUCUUGCUGACAUUGAGUGAGAGGUUAUUGUUGUGGCUGUAUGUCUUUAUCAACCAUGAUUUAGCAGACACCUAGAGCUGAGUGGAGACACAAGAAGCUACAGAUGCUAGAAUCUGGAACAACACAGAAAACACUGGAGAAUUUCAAUGGAUCAGGUGGCAUCUGUGGAGGGAAUUCGACAAUCAGCGGUUACAGUUGAGACCCUACAUCUAGUCUGAAAAGAUGAGGAGAGGGAACCAGUAUAAAGAGGUAGAGGGAAGAGUUGGCAGGCAAUAGGUGGAUCCAUAUGUGGGCUGGUGAAAUGCAGAUGCCCCUGUUUAUUGUUUCCUUCAAUAUCACAGUGACAACCUCCAAAUAUGGAGCACUUCAGUAUAUCCUGAGUUUGUGAAGGGCACUAUAUAAAUACAACUCUUUUCUUCAUCUUUGGUUAGCAUGAGAAGAAUGCAAUUAGUUUAUAUAUAUAUAUACACACACACAUUUGUAAACUGGAGAUUUUUUUCCCCGUGUGUAUCAAUUUUAACUGCCAUUGUUUAAAUAAAUUAUUCCUCCCCAGCCGAUGAAUACCAGCUUAGUAGUAAUAUAGCGUUGAACUUUCUCUUUAUUCCUAUUGCAAGGUACGGUUGCUGGGAAUAACUGUAAACUUGCUCAUACAAUUUAAGAUGAAGAUUUUAUUAAGCUGCCGCUUUUUAUAUUUAUCGAGGGCGCCACUGGGCAAGGAAUCCCUAAACCAACAUUUAUACAGUAAGUGCUGUCAGUGGAAAUAUUUCCAACAAUCACUUCAAUUGUAUCUGCAGAAAUUGAACUAAUAGAUGAAUAGAAAGAAAAUUGUGCAGUUAUUUCUAUCUUUGCACAGUUCCAAGGUGGCAUUUUGCAUACAGUUGAACCCCACUGUUUGCAGUGUUUGGGGAUGAGCUAGAAAAGAUCUUCAUCUGUCAGAUUGUACACAGCUUAUCCAUUAUACCAUUAUCUAAAACCACAUUUUGUAUUCCAUUAUGAUAAAUUUAUCAGCCUCCUGUUUAUACUGAGUACCAUCUCUAUGGAUUUAACCUCUACAUUACAGAAAGCUACUUGCACACUAUAGAUAUUUUUUUCUGUGUAUAGCCCCGGUAAGUGUUAUCGUUUAGAUCAAUUUCUUCUAACCAGAGGUGACAGUUGGAUUAUAGUUGUAGAGUCGUAAGGCACAGAAACGGGUCCUUCGGCUCAACGGUUCCAUGCCAACCAGUAUUCCCAACUAAGCUGGUUUCAUUUGCCUGCUUUUGGGCUAUCUCUCUAAAUCUUUCUUAUCUAUGUCGCUGUUUAAACACAUUAAUGUUGUAAGUGUACCUCCCUCGACCACUUCCUCUGGCAGCUCAUUCUGAUACUGACUACCCUUGGGGUGAAAAGUUUACCCCACAAGUUCUUAUUAAAUCUCUCCCCUCUCACCCUCAGUCUAUGGCCUCUAGUUCUUGAUUCCCCAACUCUGAUGCAAUUACUGUGUGCAUUCAUGAUUUUAACACCUCCAUAAGAUCACCCCUCAUUCCAAUGAAAAAAGUCUCAAUCUGUUCAAGUUUUCUCCAUAACUCAGACCCUCAAGUCCUCGUGAAUUUCCUUUGCAUUCUUUCUGACUAGGUGGCAUUUUUCCUGUAACGGGGUGACCAGAUCUGUUCACAAUAUUUCAAAUGCAGUCUCACUAAUAUCUUGUACAACUGCAACAUAAUGUUCUGACCUCUGUACUCAUUGCCUUGGCUGAUGAAGGACAGUAUGCCAAAAGCCUUCUUUGCCCACUUGUCUACCUGUGACGUGACUUUCGGUGAAUAGAGCUACACAGCUGAGAAACAGGUCAUUCAGCCCACUAGUUCCAUAAUUGUAAUCUAUUUCACAAUGUAGCAAUUUCAGCAGAAGCAAUAACAUUGAUUGUCUUCAUAUAUCUUUGGAGUUCCUUUUCAACAUACCAUAAACAUGAGAAAUUCUGCAGAUGCUGGAAAUACAAAGCAACACACACAAAAUGCUGGAGCACUUCAGCAGGUCUUUAAGCUUGUACUAGAUGUUAACCAUAUAAUCAUAGUCAUAAAUAUUAAUAGCAGAGUAGGAGACUGUUUGGUCCAUUGUGUUCAUCAUGGUCUGAUAGUUCUGUGAUCAUUUUGGGAUUUAUUACAUUCAGCAAAACGGUUUUUAAAUGUCUGAAGGUUUCCGCCCUCACCAUCUGUUUAUAGGGAGAGUUCCAGACUCUCCUCAGCUUUCUUUUAUCCUUACACCAGUUGUCCUAUUUCUGACCUGAAAGUAUGUACAAUGUCAAAAAAACAGCAGCCACUAGAAGCCUGAAAUAAAAUCGGCGAAUGCUGGAAGUAGCCAUCUGUGGAGGGCGCACAGAGGGAAUCAUUUACAUUUCAGGUUGACAAUCUUUCAUCAGAGCUGGCCAGUUCUGAUACAAACUGUAAAGGCUGAUCAUCUGAAGUGUAGAGUCUAGUGGACUAUGAUGCAUCUGGCCAAAAGGUGAGAUGCUCUUCCUUGCUCUAAUGCUGAGCGUCAUUAGAACAGUGGACACAAAAGGCAGCAGAUGCUGGAGGCUGAAGCAACACACAAAAGAACUGGAAGAACUCUAAAGAUCCAGCGGCAUCUGUGGAGGGAAAUGGACAGUUUAUGUUUGAAGUUGAGUCCUUUCAUUUGGGCCACCAUAAUUCCCUGUCCCUCAUCAUGGAUGUUCUUGUAGGACAUGUUAUAAAUCAAACAUAGUUUACGUUGCCAAGAAUGAGAAAAAACUGAGGGAACAAGGAAUGUUUGAGAUAGGCUAAGACUAAGAAGAACACAAGCAGUGGUGGAGCUGACUGAGAGGAUCCAUUUCUGGGCACAACACACUGGGAAAGCUGUAAACUUUUGAAGGAGUGCAGAAGAGAUUUACUAAAAAUGUUCCAAGAGAAUGUACGUUAAUCAUAGAGAAAAGUUGUUCUCCUUCAAAUGAAGAACAUUGCAAUAGAAUCUAAUGGAGGUAUUUAAGAUAAUGAAGGGUAUAGACUGAUCAGGUAGAGAAAAGCUGUUCUCACCAGUGGCGUGGAUCAAGAACUAGAAGGCAUUGAACAAAUGUAACUAGCAAAAGAACCAAAAGUGAAAAGGAAGACAAAGUUUCUUCAUGGUUCAAAUCUGGAAUAUGCUAGUAGAUAUAAUAGUGAAGACAAAUUUAAUUGUAGCUUUGAAAUGUGGACUGGCAGUACUUGAGUAAGGUGUCAAACUAUAAGGAGAAUUUAAGGCAAUUUGAUCAAUGAAUUCCUGUUACACAGAGCUACUACCAAUUCAAUGCACAAAAGGGUCAUCAUCUUUCUAUAGUUUUGUAAGGUUGAAUCGUCAAAGAUGCCAACAUAUUUCACAAGAAUUUUAUCAUGCCUGUUGAGACUAAGCUACAAUGGAAACACUCAUUCUGAGAGUUUUGGAUUUGUUCAGCAUAGAAACAGGCCCUUCAGCUCAUCAGAUCUACACUAAUUCCAUUUGCCCUCACUCGGUCCAUCACCUUCUCUGUUUUACUACAGACGUACAAAAACAGGUGACUAAACCCUCACUAGGUCCAUCAUCUCCUCUGUUUUACCAUAGACAUACAAAAAACAGGUGACUAAACCCUCACUAGGUUUAUCGCUUUCUCAGCUUUACCAUAGAUGUACAAAAUAGGUGACUAAACCUUUACUAGGUCCAUCGACUCCUCUGUUUUAGGUUUCAAUAGGUAUAUUUAAUGUCAGAGAAAUGUAUACAAUAUACAUCCUGAAAUUCUUUUUCUUUGCAAACAUCCACGAAAACAGAGGAGUGCCCCAAAGAAUGAAUGAUAGUUAAACGUUUCCUCUCAUACACAAGCAGCAGAAAGGCAAUGACCCCACCACCGCCCCCACCAACAAAAAGCAUUGGCGCCCCCCACCAAGCACUCAAGUGUGCAGCAAAGCAUCAAUAAAGACAGACUUGCAGUACCCUAAAGUCUACUCGUUCACCCGGUAAUUCGACAUACCACAGGCUCUUUCUCUCCCUAUAGGGGAAAAAGAGAUGUCCCCGUUUCACAGCGCGAGGGCAGGCGUAAUAAACAACUCACUGAUUGAUGACGUUAAAAGUCUGUUGCACCGCUUUUUCAAGCUCUGCACCCAGAAAGCUCAGCUCUCUGGACAAACAACUCACAGCAGCUAACCCGCUGCUCCUGAUGUUCCAUGUUCUCCCAUGACACCUCAGUCAGGGGCACCGGCCUUGAAUCAGCCCAUCUCCAGAGCCAUGAAAAUCCAGUUCACUGAAGGCACACUAGUCUUCCAGGCCACGUCCUUGGGAUAUCAAAAAAGUAGCUGGUGGUGAGGCCCUGACAGCAGGUCCCAUUCCUGCAAAGAACUGAAGUCAGAGUGUAACUCCAGGCUAGGGUCUUCAAAAAAACCUCGAAAAGGAAAAAAAAAGAUAUCAAAGAUAGAAAUAAAGCUGUUUCCGAAGAUACAAGCAAAGGAGUUGCUGUUUGGUGCCAUCAUCACUUUACCAUAGAAGUACAAAACCAGGUGACGAAAUCCUUCAAGAGGAGGAGUUUAAAGGAGAGUUGGGGACAUUUAUUGUGAUCAAGAGUUUGAUGAUUUAUGGAUAAGUUCAAAUGCUUUAUAAUUAACUAGCUAGUUUGCUGUUGAUUUAGAAUGUACAGAAAGUGCAAUGAAUUCUGCUGCCCAUACUCGACCCAUAAAUCUGAUGACAACAUUGGCAUAAUUUAUCAAAUCUGAAUGGUCAUCAGCUAGAUCAAGAGAUUGUAACACUUCAGUCCUGAUUUUGACAAUUUGUUUUUAAAAUUAAAUACAUAACCUAACAUCCAUAAUCUAUAAUGAUAACAGAAAAUUCUGGAUGCAUUCAGUGGGUGAGGUUUGGAUCCCUGAGGUGGAGAAGACACUCCUUUUCCAGGUAAUUACCCCUUCCAACAAGCAGAAGUAAAAGUGGGGCGAUGCAAAUUGUUACUAGAAGUAUGGGCAAUAUUAAUAUUUUCAUUGCUACAGAAACUUAAAAAUUUAUUCCAUUAUUUAACAUAUUUUGUAUACAUUUGAGAACAUCUAUGUUUGUGCUUUAGAUUUGUUAGCUUUUGAGUAUCAAUGACAAAGUGCUUUGUUGCAUAAGAAAUAAAUUCUGUUCCCUGUAAAUUUGAAAUAUAUAUUUCUUUUUAUCCUAUAUUUCUAUUUAUA